CUACCACGUAUAGCUGGUGACACGUGUCAGUGAUUCCGUAUAGAACGUCCCUCCACGCGUCAGCCCUUGACACCCAUGCCUAUUUUUUCUCCUUGAUCAGCAUGGGCACGCGAUCUAAUCACAUCAUACCCCUCCACGACGGAAUUUAGGGCACAAGAAAAUUGGACUUUGUAUUCAGAGACAGCUUUGCCAGUGUACACAAGAGUAACAUUUGGUGUCCUGAGUUGCCAAGAGCUACCCAAUGGAAGUAAAUUGGAGUGCUCCAACAGAAGAUUGCUUACAUGGACAUCUCUGCUGUGAAAUAUACAAUAGGUGGCGAAAUGGGCAUUCAGGCUGCUCAAAGUCACAUGCCCUUCAGAAUUGCUCCAUUGCCAAUCGCACUUAUGUACAUUCCUUUAUAGAAGUAUUAUUUCGUGAUCUUGAGAACUUUUGCAAGAUUUUGACUCAAAAUUGUGAUUGUGCCAAUGUUCCAGACUGCUGGGGAAAUGCCUGCCAAAAUUCUCUACCUGUGCAGCACAAAAGUAGACGUUCCUGUAGUGAGUCAUGUAAUCAGUAUUUCUCCCCAGAGGAAGAAGCAGAGUAUCCUUUCCAAGAUUGUGCAGAUGGAAGUCAAUAUGAAACUGAUCCUGAUAGAGUGUAUUGCAUGGAUGGCAAGAGAUCCCAUAAUGCCAUGGAGCCCAGGUUUGCUUCAAACUAUGGUUAUGGAGUUUCCACAUGUCAUCAUUCUGGGAAGAUGAUGAAUCCUGUUCCACAAUUUGCACCAUCUAAUGCCAUGAAUGGGCUUACUGACCAUGACAGAAAGAUGACCAAUUGGAAACACACUAGCUAUAAUCAGAAUCCAAGAGACAAGCAGGAAUCUAGGUGCAGGAAGCCUUUUUGCAGUGGUCAAUUACAACAACAGGGAAAUGGUGAUGAACAUGGAGAAGUGUCUGGCUUACCAAAAUCAAGCUCCUCUACUCUUUGCUCUCAUUCAAAGUUCAAAAUGAAAGAAAAGCCUAAAAUGAGUAGAGUUGCAAGCAAGAGGUCACCCCAACCAAGAGAGUCCAUGGAAAUCCAGGGAGUAAGUCAAGAAGGCAUAGGAGAAGUGUUUGCAGAAUCGGAGGAGUUGAAGACACAUAGUCAUAUGCUGUACUCACAUCCAGGUGCUGGUACAAAAACUGAUGAAUCUGUUGCUGCUCCAUCUGCCAUAUCCCCAAUCAGUGUUCUAGCCAACAUCACUUCUGCUGCUACCCGUCCUUCAAUCUUGACUCCCGUAUCCACUGCACUUUCUCCGAAGGAAGCUGCACCUGCAUCAGCCUUUCCUGCGAUUGUGGAACCAAAUAUUCCAACCAGUGGAGUGGGUACAAGUGCCCUGGCAGCUGCAGAACCAGGACAGACAGAUGUGUGUCCAGAUCAAAGUUCAACAGGCCUCUUCCAAACUACAGCUACUGCUGCCAUGGGACAAGCCCCAGUUCUGACCGAUCCAGCACCAUCCACUGCGACUGCUAUGAUGACUACAACCUUUCCUGUCAGUAUCACUCCGUCAUCAUCCUCACUAUAUGUAGCUGAUGAGAAAUCAACUGUUGCUGAUGAUAUAUCAUCAUCUUCUAUUGAUGUUGCAUUCAACAAAGGAAAUCGUGUAUUCCCUGCGGGACGUAUCCAUCGCCUUCUUCAGAAGGGGAAUUAUGCAAAGCAUAUAGAACCUGAUGCCUCUGUCUACUUGACAGCUGUCAUGGAAUAUAUGACUGCUGAAGUAAUGGAAUUGGCAGGCGAAGCAGCACAUCAAUUUGACAAGAAGACAAUCAGUUCCAAUGAGUUGUAUUUAGCCAUUGAUCAUGAUGAAGAGUUGGACGCUUUCUUCUCAGACGUGACCGACGACGAGGAUGGAUCAUCAGAAGCAGAAUCCGAGGAAGAGUGGACUGUACCAAACUCGGUUCCAUCUGUGGCCGAGAAACACGUAUAGAAUGAAUCACUGAUUGAAGUGCUACAGCGAAUAGGUUUAUACAUAGAUUUUGAAGCCCAUCACGAAUUUUCAAUGGGAAAAAAAAAUACUUAUUUUGUUUAUGGCAGCAUGAAACUAACUUCUCUUUGGCUGCACCAGUCGGUGUGAUCGCAGAAACUCCAGCUAAUCACGAAACUCCUCACCUUCCGUGUCUUUCGUGCGUUCUUUGCCACCUGUGAGGAAAAGAACACCUUGGGGGCCUCGGUCUUCUGUCUAAUUACAACCCCAAAUGGACAAAAUGUGAUUGCGUGUAGUUGGUGCGUGAUCUGGCAGCUUUUGUCUUCAUAUGCAGUGCGAAGUUGUGGCCAAGCUCUUUCUCUCACAAAUUUUUUUUUCCUGCAUGUAUUUCUCAGGUCAUUUUGCAUAAAGACAUUCAUUGUCUCACCUGAUAU